AUGCUCCUGUCUGGUAACAAGGAGAUCUCACUGGAGGAUCAGGACCAGCAGCAGAACCCAGCCAGCAGCAGCCCAUGUUGCUUCCAGAAGGAAGCCGCUCCAACCUGUGUAGAUUCUGUCAUCACACUGAAGCAUGGGAAGAAACACCCAAGUCCAGCCCGCAAUGCAAACAUCUCCUGUCGGAGCCCAGACUGCUUGAAGAUCAACAGGUCCACCGGGAAGGAGGAAAUGGACCCCCCCGUCCCCCCCUCCCCCCCCCCACUCACCGGCUCCCUCCUCUCUCCGCCGCGCCGGCCUCCGCCCUGUCAGCAAGGCCCCCGCCCGGGCUGCCCUCUCGCCGCCGCCCGCCCAGCCCCACCGGCGACUCCCACAACUUCCCACGGCAGGCGCCGCGCGGGGCAGCUCUCCGCCCAGAAGGCCCCCUGGGGCCCGCGCAGGCGCAUCCGGGCCGGCGAAGCCAAGGGGGCGGGGCCGCGGGGCCUUCCGCCCGGCGAGGGGCGGGGCCUCUCUGUUCCGCGGCCGCGUGGGCGGGAGGAGGAGGAGGAGGAGGAGGGACUCGAUCCUUUGGGCUCCCGGGAAGGAGGGCGGCAGGCAGGCGCGGCUCCGGGAGACGGGCGGGUCGGCGGCAGGAGGGAUCCAGCGCCAGGGAGCUCCAUGCCCAGGCGGAAAGAGGUGCAGGCGCUGCAGAGGCUCUGCCUGGAGAAUGUGGCCGGGAACAUGAGCUGCCUCUGGCUCAAGGAUUACGCCGACAAAUACCUGGACGAAUACCACUUCCGCUACAUCAUGGGGCCCUUCAGUGAGCUGGCUGGCUCUGUCGUCCAGGAGCUGCUCCAGCUGAUGGGGCAGAGCGGGCGCCUGACCCGCCCCAUGCUGCACCUGCUCCUGGUGCCGCACCUGACGCAGCUGAGCCUCAGCACCUGCCCAAAGCUGGUCACCAAGGCCAUCACGGACAUCAUCACCGUGCGCUGCAAGAACCUGUCCUCCCUGGAUCUCCGCGGCUGCAGCCGGAUCCCCGCCGAUUCCCUGGUUGACCUGGCGGAAAUCCUUUCCGGCCUCACGAAGCUGAACCUCUCAGGGACGCAGUGCAACACAGCCGUCCUCUCGGCUGUGGGCUCCUCCUGCCAGCGGCUGCGCGAACUGGACAUCUCUGCCUGCACCCGGCUGUCCGGGGCCUCCCUCCUGCACCUGGCCUAUGACCCCAUCGCGGGCGCCUUCUGCUGUCCGGCCUUGCAGGUGCUGGCAGCGUCUGACCUUGAACCCGGCGCCUCCGGCCAGGACCUCCUCUGGGCCCUGGUGUUCCUGCUGCUGGCACUGCCCAGCCUGAAGUCCCUGGCCAGCAGCCUCGUCCCGGACGCCGUGUGCUUGGUCCACCACCAGGAGUUUGGCGGGGCCCAGAUCCCCCCGGAGUUUCCCUCCCUGGAGGAGCUGGCGCGGCGGCACAGGGCACCCUCCUUCACAGGCGAGGGGAGUGCCAAGCUCACGCUGCGCCUCCGGGAGAUGCUGGAGGUGAGCGAGGACUCCUUGCCUGCCAUCUGUGCUGCGUGCCCCCACGUGGCGAGGGCCACAGUGAUCCUCGAAGACGGCCCUGGCAAGGGCCAAAGCCCCCUGCUGUCCUGGCACGGCCUUGCCCACCUGACGCUGAGCUGCCAGGGGAGCAGGCACCUGGGGGAGCUGCUGCCCCUGGCCGCCGCCCAGGGCAGCCAGCUCCAGACCCUCUCGCUGGGGGGCUUCUCCCUCGAAGACCCUCUCUGCUUCCCCACCCUUCUGAGCCGCUGCCCGAACCUCCGGGAGCUCAGCGCCUCCUUCUGCGCCCCGCAGCUGCCCGGCUGGCACUGGGAACCGCUUGCAAAUGGCGACGGAGGCUUGGACGUCGGCCUCCUUCCCCUCGACAAAUUCCCUCGACUCCGUGCCUUUCGGCUCAUCUUUGCCGCGUCCGACGCUCCUCUGCCUUCUCCCCACUCCACGGUGCUGAGCGCCACCCUCCUGUCUCUGCUUAGGAAUUCCCUGUGCCUGGAAACCCUGGAGCUGAUCCACGUGCCUUUCCCCUUGGACGGGCUGUUUCAGAAGGCACUGGAGACCCCUGGCACCCCCCUGGCACACCUGCGCAAGGUCUCCCUGGCCCACAGCCAGGUGUCUGCCCAAACCGCCCACCUGCUGCUGUCUUCGGAGAAUCAGCUCGGACACCUGGACUUGCAAGGCUGCCCAGACGUUACCCGGGGAGACCAUGACCAGCUGCUCAGGAGGGUCCGCCGUGAAUGCCUGGACCUGCUCGUCCUGUGGAGGUGAAAGUCUCUGCCCCGUUCAGCCUGCAAUGGGGUGCCCCCUUGCACCGAGGCUCAGAGCGCAAAGUGAGUGUUACGUUUGCAGAAUACAAGCGCCAUCUUUGUGCCCAGCAAACACCAGCAGAGCCGGGGGGGGGGGACAAGGUCCCUUGCAAGGGGUCAGCUGAGAUGAAGUGAAGGCCAGAGUGAGGCCUCGGUGCUUGCAGGAAACAACAUUGCACUUGGCAAGAGGCUGUGGAGAGCAGGGCAGCCAAAGAUGCCAGAAGACUCAUGGAAUUAUAGGGUUGGAAUUUACCCCCAAGUAGGCUUUACCCCCAAGGGACGCGGGUGGCGCUGUGGGUUAAACCACAGAGCCUAGGACUUGCCGAUCAGAAGGUCGGUGGUUCGAAUCCCCGCGACGGGGUGAGCUCCUGUUGUUCAGUCCCAGCUCCUGUCCACCUAGCAGUUCGAAAGCACCUCAAAGUGCAAGUAGAUAAAUAGGUACCGCUCUGGCGGGAAGGUAAACGGUGUUUCCGUGCGCUGCUCUGGUUCACCAGAAGCGGCUUAGUCCUGCUGGCCACAUGACCCAGAAGCUGUACGCCGGCUCCCUCAGCCAGUAAAGCGAGAUGAGCGCCCCAACCCCAGAGUCAGCCACGACUGGACCUAAUGGUCAGGGGUCCCUUUACCUUUACCUUAGACUUGCCAAGAUGUAUAAGACUGAAUCAGAUAAAUGCUGGAAAUACAAAGAGGCGAACGUUCUUUCACACAUGGUGGACUUGUUCAAGGGUAAAAGAGUAUUGGGAAAUGAUCCAUAAUGAAUUGAAAAAAAUGUUUAAAAGUACUUU